AAGCAAGAAUUGGAAGACAUGAGGAAAGCUGGUCAUGAAGCCCUCAGCAUUAUUGUGGAUGAAUAUAAGGGAAAAAUGCAAUCUCCAUUGUGAGCUGCCUUCCAGAAUUUAUGGUAGAACUUCACUGAUGUUGUCACUGAUGCCAAUGUGGAAUAAAGUAUCUGGAGUCCAUCUUGCACCGGCUUCUCCUGAGAUUGUUCUGGACCAUGAGCACUCAUCUCCUUCAGUUGGCUGCCUCUCUUCUGAUGUCAUCAUUUCAUCACCAGAGAAUACACAUGCAGACAACAGCAUUGUGAGUCAAACUGUUCCCAAAGCACAGAUUCAGCAAUCAACGCACACUCAUCUGGACAUCCCUCUUUUUCCAUUGGGUUUAACCAAUGAGACAAGUAAUGGAACAAUUGUUCUUGUGGAUGAUUCUGAUGAUCUGGGAGCCAAUGUGUCAAACAUAGAACUUCAGCAAAAAAUUUCAAGUCUGGAGAUUAAACUCAAAGUGUCUGAAGAAGAAAAACAGAGAAUUAAAAAGGAUGUGGAAUCAUUGAUGGAAAAACAUAGUAUCUUAGAAAAAGGUUUCCUAAAAGAAAAGGAGCAAGAGGCUAUUUCUUUUCAAGAUAGAUACAAAGAACUUCAGGUGCCGCUUAAAGAAUGGAUGAUGAUGAUUUUGGUGGUUUUGAGGCUGCAGAGACCUUCGAUGGUGGGAAUGGUGAAACUCAAACCACAUCUCCUGCUAUUCCUUGGGCUGCCUUUCCUACAGGUACUGGCAUAUAGUAACUAGGAAUUUUUUCUAACUUGCCUUUUGUGCCUUUUUGUAAAUCUGUUUCUUACUUUCUUCAUUUGGCCUUCUCUGAGCUGAAAAAUGGAA